AUGGCAGCUCCCGACCACGUCACGAUGAAAGAUCUCAGUGGUAUAUGGGUUAUGAGUAAAUCGCUUUCGGACGACAUGGAACCGUCUCUCAAACUGCAAGGCAUCCCAUGGGUCAUUCGUAAAGUGGUCUCCUGGGCGACGAUUACUGGUCGAUUAAAACAAACUGUCGACGAGAACGGUACAACUUUGAUCAGCAUCGAGCAGACGGCGACUAGUGGCAUCAAGGGUGAAACGGAGACACACCGACUCAACUGGAGCCCAGUCACGCAUGCAUCGACCAUGUUUGGUUCACAGACAGUUCGAAGCAGAUGGGUUAUUCUAAACGACAAUGCUAAGAGUGAGGAUGGGAGAGCACUGGACCCUUUCCUUACUGAGGGUUGGUUGGAUAGAGAAAGCCCACAUGUGCAAGUUUCUAUACAGAGUGAAAAGGGGUGGACAGCGGAACAGAUUUGGGGCUUUGCACAGGUAGAGGAGAAAAGGUACCAUGUUCGGAAGUUUCUUGUGAGGAACAAUGAAGAAGAAGCAAAGGUACAGAUAGUUUAUGAGUGGCUUCAAAGUUGA